AUGUUUCCUUUUCCGUCUCCCGCAUGCACGAGAUUUUCUUCUAGCUGCGUAGAAAUUGCAGGUUCACGUAAUUUGUCGGGAAAUCGCGACGAUUACUACGAUGAUUUGGAAUUCUUGGUCGACGGACGUGGUCGACCUGUUCAAGAGGAUCCUUACGAGGAUGAUUUCGUGACAACGCAUCGACGUUUUAAGGAACGCGCGGCUGCUGCGUUUGAGGAGGAUCUGAUGGAAUUGAGACGCAAAAGACGAGACAUGCAGGAUCGCAUCUUCGACGUGAUCGACCUGAAUGCUGAGAUCGAGAAGGCUAAGACCACAUUGGAGGCCGCUGGAAUGGCAUUCCAGCGACAUGCGACCAAGUUCGACAACCAGAACGAAGACGAGCAGACGAUGUCGCUGACGCAGAGACUCGACAGAACGCGUAAGAUCGCAAAUACGGAUUUGGUUCCAGAAAAGUCAAAGCCUAAGACUUUUCUGAUGAAGUGGCCAAAAGUAGCGAUUGAGGAAUCGGAAGCUGUUCAACCUGCUGCUCAGAUUGGGAGACAGCGCAGAAUCAAUUCCUUGAUCGACACCAGUGAGAUUUCCGAUCCGCUGGAAACUCUCGUGAUGCAGCCGAUAAAGAGGAAAUUUUUGAAAAGAAAGAAGAGUGUUUCGUUUUAAAAGUUAAGGAUUAUUUCUUAUUAAAUGCUACAAUGUUUAUAAAAACAUUCUAUUGAAAAAUAUUUUAAUCUGAAAGAUUUUCUUAAAAUUCAAAGAAUUUCAGCUUUAUUUUUAUGACAUUAAAUAUCUUUAUAAUUGACGCUUAAAUUAAAAUCUAAGUUUAGGUCGUUUAAAAUUAAGUAAAAGGUAUGCUUUUAUAUCUUUUAUAGAUUAACUUCUAAAUUUCUUGAUUUUUGACGACUGUUAAACAUUAUUGAUGGUUUUGUAAAAAAACCAUUACCUUUAAAUUAAUUCAAGAAUUUAUUCCUAUUAUACUUGUUAAUAGAUCUAGAAUGUCCUGUAUAUUUUAUCAUCAUUAAUACCAUAAAAAUAUUAUAUGAAAUAUUGUGAAGAUAUUUUCUAAUAAUUAGGUUCUCAUUAUUUUAUUUAAUUAUUAGAAUCAUUAAUCUUAUUUAUUUAGUUACGCGGCGUUUUUCUGAUAUUCUGUUAAAAUGUUCUGUAAAAACAAUUCGUUAUUGUUAGUUAAAAUCGUGUACUUUAAUAAAUGAAUAGUGUUAUGUAUUUAAUAAAUAUUAAGUGUUAAAUAAAAUUAUAGAAAACAUGUACGUUAAAAGACUCUGUAUUAAUUAAAAAUUCUAUAAUUUUUUCCUGGAAAUUAGAAAUAAAAUUGAUUAUUACAUUUCCAAAAAAGCAAUUUUUGACGUUCAAAUGUAAAAGUGUAUUUUACAAUGCCGGUUUCCAAUGCUAAAUAUACAUAUACCGAUUAAAUACAUAAAUAUAUCACUAUAUCACAUGGUUUGCUCCAAUACGUUAUCAUAUGCGUUAUCAAUUUUCAAUGUUAUCAAUCACAUAGAAAUAACAAUACUAUCUACAUAAGACUAAUUUAUAGAAAAUAUCUAAUAAAAAUUACCGAGUUGCGUAAAAAUGACAAUAGAAAUGAUGUGUAUCCGAUUCAAUUAAAAAAAAAAGGAAUUAAAACAUGAAUAUUGACAAAGAUGCUCCACAUGACGAUAUACGUACGCAAAAA